CAUGGCGGGUUGGAGCGCGACGCACAUGCGCAGUUUUGAAACGGAAGCCUCAUCAUUCCGGAGCGGAAGUUCUUUAGUCCUUUUUCUACCACGGUCUGCCAUCAUGGUGUUCAAGCGCUUUGUCGAAAUUGGCCGCGUUGCCUUCAUUGCAUUCGGUCCUCAUGAGGGCAAGCUGGUGGCGAUUGUAGAUGUCAUUGACCAAAACAGGGCACUGGUAGAUGGCCCAUGCACAGGCGUGAGGAGACAGGCUAUGCCAUUCAAGUGCUUGCAGCUCACUGACUACGUCAUCAAAGUACCUCACAGUGCUCGUCAGAAGUUUGUGAAACGUGCCUGGGAAAAGGCAGAGGUCAGCAAAAAGUGGGAAGAAAGCAGCUGGGCCAAGAAAAUUGAGGCCAGAAAGAAGAGAGCUGCAAUGUCUGACUUUGAUCGCUUCAAGGUGAUGAAGGCCAAGAGAAUGAGGAACAAGAUCAUCAAGCACGAGGUGAAGAAGAUCCAGAAAGCUGCAGCUCAAAAGAAAGCAUAAACUAUCUUAAAUAAACGUGUUUGACUUGUA